AUGUCUCCUGAACCGAUCUCGAUACCCCACUUCGCACAAGCGCAAUUGCAGUUACUUCUUCAAGAGCACGAAGCUGAAAUUUCCUCCUCCUCACUAGCCAGCACCGCCGCCUCAGUCUCACCUUCGACGCGUCGAACUCUACAAGCAACAGGCUACGCGCUGACGGGAAUUGUGUUAUCGCAAUGCCGAACCGGACUGGGCGGGCGCGUUGUCGGCGAGUUCACUGCCGAUGCAGCUGUAUCCUCGAGCAAAUCUACGACUAACAAGGGCGACGAUGACAAAGCUGGAGCUGACGGAGAACCGAGGCUUGGUGCGCACGGAAUCCGAGUCGGGGAUAUUGUCCGCGUGAACGACACAAGUGGGUCGGGGAGCAAAAAGCUUUCGAAGGAUAAGGGAAAAGCUGGUGGGAAAGAUGCAGUCGAAGCAUCUAAGGGCCCGGAAGGGGUUGUUACAAGAGUUGGAGAGCGAAGUAUAUGGAUUGCGUUUGGACAAAAAGGGGUGGUGGCCGAUCCAAGGAGGACGAUGAGGCAAUUGAGGAGCUCUGGGGAAAGAAACUAUGGCUCUGAUCGUAUCCGACUUAUGCUAAUGGUCGACGGCAGCAUAAAACUUGCAAACGACGUGACGUACCGACGUAUGAAUCAAACCAUGGAGAAAAUGGCUAAAAUGACGGACUCAGAAUACUCGCACUUUAUGCGAGUUGCCUUUGGCCAUACGUCUCCAAUGCAACCAGAUUAUGACGCCAUUGGCCCCGUUGAGUUCGUUGAUCCAACUCUAAACGAUUCGCAGAAAGAAGCUAUACGGUUUGCUUUGGCGUCCAGGGAUGUGGCUCUCAUCCACGGGCCUCCCGGGACAGGCAAGACUCACACUUUGAUUGAGCUGAUUCUUCAAAUGGUCAAACGAAAACUCCGCGUACUGGUUUGCGGACCGUCCAAUAUCUCCGUCGACAAUAUCGUGGAAAGACUAGCUCCCAACAAAGCACCAGUGGUACGCAUAGGCCAUCCCGCUCGUUUGCUGCCGUCAGUGCUUGAGCAUUCCCUAGAAGUGCUCACUCAUACUUCGGAAGCGGCAGCGAUCGUCAAAGAUGUGAGGAAGGAGAUUGAUGAAAAACAAGCUAGUAUUCGCAAAACCAGGACCGGUCGGGAGAGGCGGGCAAUCUAUGAUGAUCUGAAAGAACUCCGUCGUGAGUUUCGCGAGCGGGAGUCAAAAUGUGUGGACAACUUGGUUCGCGAAAGCAAUGUUGUUCUUGCUACGCUCCAUGGGGCUGGCGGUCACCAACUGAAGAAUCAGAAGUUUGACGUAGUUGUUAUCGACGAGGCCAGUCAAGCUCUGGAGGCUCAGUGCUGGAUCCCCUUAUUGCCAGCGUCUAAAGUGGUCCUUGCGGGAGACCACCUGCAGCUUCCCCCUACCGUCAAGUCUUCCGUUGAAAAAUCGAAGAACGCAAAGAAGAAAGGGAAAUCAGACACGAAAGACGCUUCAGCCAGUUCUGCAGAAAUCAAUGGCGACUUUUCUCUGGAGACAACGUUGUUUGACCGACUUCUUUCAUUGCAUGGACCCGGUAUCAAGAGGAUGCUAACCACACAGUAUCGGAUGCAUGAAAAGAUUAUGCAGUUCCCAUCCAACGAGCUGUACGAAUCUAAGCUUAUUGCCGCUGAGGCCGUGAAGUCACGUCUCCUUAAGGAUUUACCUUAUGACGUUGAGGAGACUGAUGAUACGAGAGAGCCAGUCGUAUUCUGGGACACACAAGGCGGCGACUUUCCCGAGAAGACUGAAGAUGACGACGUAGGGAAAAAGGAAGCAUUGCUUGGCGAAAGCAAGAGCAACGAAAUGGAAGCUUUGGUCGUCGCAAAGCACGUGCAAAACCUCAUACAGGCCGGCGUAAAGCCUGAAGACAUCGCCUGCAUUACUCCGUACAACGGUCAGCUUGCCCUGCUUUCUUCCAUGCUCCGAGAAAAGUAUCCUGGUCUCGAGCUCGGAAGUGUGGAUGGUUUCCAAGGCCGCGAGAAGGAGGCCGUGGUGGUUAGUCUUGUUCGUAGUAAUUCCGAGCACGAAGUGGGAUUUUUGGGGGAGAAGCGGCGUUUGAACGUGGCCAUGACUCGUCCCAAACGGCAUCUAUGCAUAUGUGGUGAUUCGGAGACAAUCAGCAAAGGAAGUGCCUUUCUCAAGCGAUGGAUGGCAUUUCUCGAAGAACAUGCGGAUCUACGCUACCCAGAUACAGGGGAACUAUUGUAA